UGUAACAAAACCAGAAUGUAACGAAGUUGUGCUUCAAUGUUUUUUUCCCUGUUCUUUCCAGAGGAUAGUGCUUUGUCCAGCAGCAGCUUGGGAACCCUCAGGAGCGACAGCAGCAGCAGCAGUGAAUACCUGUUUAAAAUCCCAGGAGUCAGCAGUGAAGGCUCCUUGGAAAGCAAUGAGGACUCUGACCACACCAACAGCCCCCCAAGUCGGAAACAAGCCAAGAGCUUUAAGAUCAAGACCCGCUACAGCAACAGUGACAGCCAGUGGAGCCACUGCCUGGGGAGGGCUGGGGGCUGCAGCCAGCACCUGGUCCUUCCUAAGCCCCCAGCCUACACAGGGCCCAAGGACCUGGCAACGUUCCUUGAGGAGAUUGGGUGCCUGAAGUACCUGCAGGUGUUUGAGGAGCAAGACGUGGACCUCCGGAUCUUCCUGACCCUCACAGAGAGUGACCUGAAGGAAAUAGGCAUCACGCUGUUUGGCCCCAAGAGGAAGAUGACCUCGGCCAUCGCGCGCUGGCACAGCAGCGCCCGCCCGCCCAGCGACGCGCUGGAGUUGGCCUAUGCCGAUCGGCUGGAGGCAGAGAUGCAGGAAUUGGCCAUCCAGCUGCACAAGAGAUGUCAAGAGGUGCAGGUGAUGAAGGGCCAGGUGUGCCAGGAGCAGAAGCUGCGUGCAGUGGCUGAGAGCUGUUUGAUGGAGCGGGAUGAGACCUGGAAUACCAUCCAGUGCCGGCUCAGAGAGGCUCAGGCCAUCACCAAGGAUGCUGGAGUCCUGCUGGAUCAGAUCAAGAGCUGCCAGGCAGAGCUGUCCUCCCGGCUGGCCCCGGCGGGCGAUGGAGCGCCGGGCACGCAGGAGCAGCACGGCACCGGGGAGAGCCAGCGGCCCGGGGAGCGCCCAGUGCUGGAAGGGUGGCCGCCUUCCCUGAAGUCCUUGAGCUUGCCUGAGCUGUCAGCUGUGCUGGAGAAGUGUGUGGGAGAGAUGGGAAAAGCUCUGCAGACUGUGACUCAAAACCUCCAAAGGCUCCAAGCUCUGGGGCAGAGUGGGCAGAGCUGGCCAAAGCCAUAACCAAGCCAGGAGGGAAUACCGACGUCGGGUGACUGUUCCACCCGGAAGCUGAGUGUGCCUGGGAGAGGGAGCACGGGGCCCGUGCCGGCAGCACCACGGCUCUGCCGAGGGCCACUGCAACUGCCGGGGCUCAGAGGCUCCAGAAAACACAGCUGGGAGCACGAGGGACAGCAGAGGACAACAAUCAGCACUCCUGGGGCCUGACUCAAGGCUCCCAGGAUUUUUGUUUGAAAGGUUUAGGUUUGGAGGAGAAGCUCCAAGCCUGGAAGUUUUAUCUGCUUUACGUUUCCUGCAGCCCUUGUUGUUCAGGUCUGGGUGGUGGUAGAAAGGUGGCAGUUGCACACAGCAGUCAAUUAAUUUUCCUUUUCUGCAUCCCAAGCUCCCCAGAGCCUCUAAAACAUGUGCCUGGCUCCUGUGGCAUGGGGAUUGGCUCAGAGAAUGGGUCUGAGGCCAUAAAAAGGCAAUUUGUUGCAGAGGGGUGAAAGGAGUGGAGUUUGUGAUGUCUGGCUCUUUGAGCUGCAGUGGAGCUCAAAGUGCAGUCCUGUUCCUAGUUAGAAUGUCUGCUCUAUUGCCACCCCAGAUCUGGGCUUCAAAGCCUGUUCCUCCAACCAGCCCACUCGGUUCACUUUGGGUUUUGCUGUGCUCAGGGGCCAGGUGUGAUCACGGUGGUGGGUAAGGAAUGGCAUUCACUGAAACACUCCCUACUCACCCAUUCCCCUUCCUCCCCUCCCCUGGGGUGGGCUGGGGAAGAGAACUGGAAGCACAAAAGGUGAAGAUCACUGGUGGAAAUAAAAGCAUUUACUGGAAA